CGCCUGCUCCCGCCGCCGCUUCCGCCGCCGCCGCCGCCGCAUUCCCGGCCGCCUCUCCCGGCUCUGCUCCGGACCCACUUCGGUCUCGCCUCGGUGUCGCUUCGCCGCCAUCGCCAUCAUGAACAAGAAGAAGAAGCCGUUCCUGGGCAUGCCCGCGCCCCUGGGUUACGUGCCGGGGCUGGGCCGCGGAGCCACGGGCUUCACCACCCGCUCUGAUAUCGGCCCUGCCCGCGAUGCCAACGACCCCGUGGACGACCGGCACGCGCCGCCGGGCAAGAGAACCGUGGGCGACCAGAUGAAGAAGAACCAGACCGCAGAUGAUGAUGAUGAGGAUCUGAAUGACACCAACUACGAUGAGUUCAACGGCUACGCUGGGAGCCUGUUCUCAAGUGGCCCCUAUGAAAAAGAUGACGAAGAAGCAGAUGCUAUUUAUGCAGCUUUGGAUAAGAGGAUGGAUGAACGCAGGAAGGAGAGAAGGGAACAACGAGAAAAAGAGGAAAUAGAAAAAUACCGUAUGGAACGACCCAAAAUUCAGCAGCAGUUCUCAGACUUGAAACGGAAAUUAGCAGAGGUGACUGAGGAGGAGUGGCUGAGUAUUCCUGAGGUUGGGGAUGCCAGGAACAAGCGGCAGAGGAAUCCUCGUUACGAGAAGCUGACUCCUGUCCCCGACAGCUUCUUUGCAAAGCAUUUACAGUCAGGGGAGAAUCACACUUCAGUGGACCCACGCCAGACACAAUUUGGUGGACUGAAUACUCCGUACCCAGGGGGUUUGAAUACUCCAUACCCAGGAGGAAUGACACCAGGCUUGAUGACACCUGGGACAGGUGAAUUGGAUAUGAGGAAGAUUGGCCAAGCCAGAAACACCUUGAUGGAUAUGAGGCUAAGCCAGGUGUCGGACUCUGUGAGUGGCCAGACUGUAGUGGACCCCAAAGGAUAUUUGACAGACCUGAAUUCCAUGAUUCCCACACACGGAGGAGAUAUCAAUGAUAUCAAAAAAGCCCGUUUGCUUCUGAAAUCCGUCCGAGAGACCAAUCCUCAUCAUCCCCCAGCCUGGAUAGCAUCAGCCCGACUGGAGGAGGUCACUGGCAAACUCCAGGUGGCUCGAAACCUCAUCAUGAAAGGAACAGAGAUGUGCCCUAAGAGUGAAGAUGUUUGGUUGGAAGCUGCUCGGCUUCAGCCUGGAGAUACAGCCAAGGCUGUGGUGGCCCAGGCUGUGCGGCACCUGCCGCAGUCGGUGCGGAUCUAUAUCAGAGCAGCAGAGCUGGAGACUGACAUCCGUGCCAAGAAACGUGUCCUUAGGAAAGCCCUUGAGCAUGUUCCAAACUCGGUGCGUUUGUGGAAAGCAGCCGUGGAGCUGGAGGAACCUGAGGAUGCCAGGAUCAUGCUGAGCCGGGCUGUGGAGUGCUGUCCAACCAGUGUUGAACUGUGGCUGGCGCUGGCAAGGCUGGAGACAUACGAGAACGCUCGUAAAGUCCUUAACAAAGCCCGGGAGAACAUCCCGACGGAUCGUCACAUCUGGAUCACUGCUGCCAAACUGGAGGAAGCCAAUGGAAACACCCAGAUGGUGGAGAAAAUCAUUGACAGAGCCAUCACUUCUCUCAGGGCUAAUGGGGUGGAAAUCAACAGGGAGCAGUGGAUACAGGACGCCGAGGAAUGUGAUAAAGCUGGAAGUGUGGCCACAUGCCAGGCGAUCAUGAGAGCUGUGAUCGGGAUUGGGAUCGAGGAAGAAGAUCGGAAGCACACCUGGAUGGAAGAUGCAGACAGUUGUGUUGCUCAUAAUGCCCUGGAGUGUGCCCGAGCCAUUUAUGCCUAUGCCUUGCAAGUCUUCCCGAGCAAGAAGAGUGUGUGGCUGCGAGCAGCCUACUUUGAAAAGAACCAUGGGACCAGAGAAUCCUUGGAGGCCCUUUUGCAGAGAGCUGUUGCUCACUGUCCCAAAGCAGAGGUGCUGUGGCUCAUGGGAGCCAAAUCCAAAUGGCUGGCAGGAGAUGUGCCAGCAGCCAGAAGCAUCUUGGCCCUGGCUUUCCAGGCCAACCCCAACAGCGAGGAGAUCUGGCUGGCUGCCGUGAAGCUCGAGUCGGAGAACAAUGAGUAUGAAAGAGCGAGGAGGCUGCUGGCAAAGGCUCGCAGCAGUGCCCCCACAGCAAGGGUCUUCAUGAAGUCUGUGAAGUUGGAAUGGGUGCUUGGGAACAUUGCUGCAGCCCAGGAGCUCUGUGAGGAAGCUCUGAAGCACUAUGAGGACUUCCCCAAAUUGUGGAUGAUGAAAGGACAAAUUGAGGAACAAAAAGAGCUGGUAGAGAAAGCACGGGAGGCUUAUAAUCAAGGGUUGAAGAAGUGCCCCCAUUCCAUACCCCUGUGGCUUUUGCUGUCCAGGCUGGAGGAGAAAGUUGGGCAGCUGACCAGAGCAAGAGCCAUCUUGGAAAAGUCUCGCCUGAAGAAUCCAAAGAAUCCAGAUCUCUGGUUGGAGUCUGUGCGCUUGGAGUACCGAGCUGGGCUGAAGAACAUUGCAAACACUCUGAUGGCCAAGGCACUGCAAGAGUGCCCCAAUUCAGGAAUCCUGUGGUCAGAAGCAAUUUUCCUUGAAGCGCGACCGCAACGAAAGACCAAGAGUGUGGAUGCUCUCAAGAAGUGUGAACAUGACCCACAUGUCCUGCUGGCUGUGGCCAAGCUGUUCUGGAGCGAGCGGAAAAUAACCAAGGCCAGAGAGUGGUUCCACCGCACAGUGAAGAUAGACUCUGACCUGGGGGAUGCCUGGGCCUUCUUUUACAAAUUUGAGCUCCAGCACGGCACAGAGGAACAACAAGAAGAGGUGAGGAAGCGCUGUGAGAAUGCUGAACCUCGCCACGGAGAGCUCUGGUGUGAUGUCUCCAAGGACAUAGAGAAUUGGCAGAAAAAGAUUGGAGAAAUUCUUGUGCUUGUGGCAGCCAAGCUGAAAAAUACCUUCUAGAGAGUGCUGGCCUCAACUGCCUCAGAGGUUCCCGCAGGACUUAACCAGCUCGUGGUGCCCUUUCAGUGGCACAGAUUUCGAAGGACAGGACAUGGAUGAUGAUAGGAAGGAGCUUUCUCCCAAAAGGAAAAGCUGCUUCUUUCUUUCCCCAGCAUGGCCAUCAGCUUCUGCAGCACAUGGGAACAUUGUAGCUGGUGUCGUAGGAGACAGGAGCAGUCUUGUGAGGCUCUGUUGGCAUUUCCAUGUUGAUUCCUGAUUCCCCCUGCAAACACAAGCUUUAAUUAGCGCUUGUAUGGGUUCUGACAUGUGGCAGAACUCUGUUCUUGGCCCUGGCAUGUUUUCCCUGUCCCUUUAGUGUUUGGCCCAUCUGAUGUUGGUUCCUUGUCAGCAGAUCUGGGUUGUUGCUGUUGGAAUACACUGAGUGUCCUUGAAGGAGAUGGGUGGAGUUUUGGGAGCAGCCUAGCAGCACAGGGAAAGGUCUGGGCUGGCUCCUCUUCUUUAGGUGCUUUAGUUUGGUCUCUGCUAACAAGCUGCUGCACAGCUUGGAGGUCUUCCUCCAACCUGAGCAGCUGGAGCAUUUUGUCAAAUUCAAAAGCAUAUUUUUAGAGAACUUUUCCUCAACUUUUAAAUGUAUAUAGUAAAGCUUAUUCUUUUAGGUAUCUGAGUUCAUUAAGCACAGUGGUGGUUUGAAGUAACAAGGCAAAACUCAGCAAUCCCUGAAAGCCCUUUUGAAUGAAGAACAUUUAUUUAAAGUUGUUGGGAGACUGUGCUGUUACACAGCUGUGACUGCCUGUGGCUGGGAGGUUUGGGAUGGCUCCCUCCAAGUGCAGAUAGAAAAAAGCAAACUCAAGAGAGGGAAAGCUUUGUGUUUGGGACCCUUUGUACACUGUCUUCAGUUUUCUACACUUGUGAUGUGUACUAUUUUUACCCCAACCUCCUUUCUUGUGAUCAUAGAAUGAGAAGCUGUACAGUCUUACACCUGAGGCUAUAGCAGCUGUAUCCAGGUCUGUCUGUGGAUGUGCUUUAUCCCAUGUAUUUAGUUGGAGGAGAAACUCCCUUAUUACUCGUUGGAGAAUAUGUAUAAAAUACAGCUUCUUGUUUUUUGUUUCCUUCUGUUGUCUUUGAGUGUGAUUCUGACUGGGAAGAGGGGGUCUGAUAGCAGAAACCUUUGGACUUAUCAGGCUCCCACCACUCUGGGAAGGUGCCUGCCCGUGGUGGCUGCACCAAGCUGGGCUACAGCCUCUUGCCAAAACGGGUGAGAAGCCAAAAACGGAUCUUCUAAUGCUGGAGCAGAAAGGCUUUUGCUACCCGGUUGGUCUGGAAGCAAAAGCCUUUGUUUCUUUGGGCUCCUAAUGGAAACUCUUGUGCAUUCUCUGGAGCAGCUGAUGAAAGGGUGUAGAUCACAGAUGCCCCAUGGAAUUGUAGUUUCCCAAAGGUGAGUGAGAGGCCUUGGGAGUUGGGAGGCUCUUGCUUAGGGAUUUUGUGCCAUUGCUGGAAGAGAGUGGAAGAGUUUGGGAAAGGGAAUGGAGAUGAUGUUCAAAGGGGAGGGUAGGCAUUAGACGUGGCAAGGGAACUUGGCUGGACAAGGAUUCAAGACUGAGGCAGAAACUGCAGGAGAAAAACAAGUUUAAAAGUUUUCAAUGUGUGCUGUCCUUCAGCCUCUUGUGCUCCCAUGGGGGCUAUAUCCUGCUUUUCCAGGCAAGGAAUGUGGCAUUCUGAUUCCUAGUAUAGUGAUGUGCUGGGGAAAGCUGGCUGCUUGUGGUGCAUAAAUCCCUCUGCCCAGUGCUGCUGUGGUGUUGGUAGCUGCAGAAUGGGAAAAGGAAGUGGGAAUUGCAGUGAUGUGGCUUUUCCUGCUGGGAAGAUUCCUGACUUGUGUUGGGAGCGUAUCCCUUUAGCUAGAUAACACAGGUGCAACCCACUGGUGGGAUCCUCAUGCAACCCCUGCCCCUUGCUUAGGUGGCACCACCACAUCUUGCAAGGAACUUCUGGGAUGUGGAAGCCCCAAGGAAGGGACCCUUUGCUGGACACUGUGCCACCUUCUCACAAGAUCAGGCUCCUUUGGCCACCUGCUCCUGGUACCUGCAGCUUCCCUUUCCUUCGGGCUACAUUCCUUAGCUUGGAGAUUAUUUUUUCUGACUUAAAAGGGACCAUCAAUCUUAGAGACUUUUAAUGUUUGUAGAUGUCUUGGUGGUUUCUAAAUGGAUUAUGGCACCCAUGAAUUUUCGCUAUAUAUAGAGCUCAAUAAAGAAGUUAUAUGGGUCCUGU